GUUGUCCAGCCAGUCCGAAACGCCAAUACCAAGCUCCAGAAGGAAUAUCCCCUAUAUAUCUCUCUCUCUCUCUGAAAUUUUCAAACUCCAAAUUCGAAGUUCGAAAAAUUUCCCUAUCUUGAAUCCUGUGAUCCAUGGCUUCUCGUAGGCGCAUGCUUCUAAAGGUCAUUAUCCUCGGCGACAGCGGGGUGGGGAAGACUUCACUGAUGAAUCAGUAUGUGAAUCGUAAGUUUAGCAAUCAGUACAAAGCGACAAUUGGAGCCGAUUUUCUGACCAAGGAGGUUCAAUUUGAGGAUAGAUUGUUCACUCUGCAGAUCUGGGAUACCGCUGGUCAAGAAAGGUUUCAGAGUCUUGGUGUGGCGUUCUAUCGUGGUGCAGAUUGCUGUGUUCUUGUGUACGAUGUGAAUGUCAUGAAAUCAUUUGAUAAUCUUAAUAACUGGAGGGAAGAAUUUCUGAUUCAGGCCAGUCCUUCUGACCCUGAGAACUUCCCAUUUGUUGUAUUGGGAAACAAGAUUGACGUUGAUGGCGGAAAUAGUCGAGUGGUGUCUGAAAAGAAAGCAAAGGCCUGGUGUGCUUCCAAGGGAAACAUACCAUACUUUGAGACUUCUGCAAAAGAGGGCUUCAAUGUAGAUGAUGCCUUCCAGUGUAUAGCCAAAAACGCACUGAAGAAUGAACCUGAAGAAGAAAUAUACCUUCCGGACACAAUCGAUGUUGGUGGCGGAGGGAGGCAGCAAAGAUCUACUGGCUGUGAAUGUUGAAGGAGUUAUUGAAUGGGCUUUUUGCCUUGUGGAUGGCAGAAUGCAGUUCUUGUCAAUGAAGACUCAGUUGAUUAUUUAGGGAAAGGUUACAAAGUUUUAUUUGUAUUAUAAAUGAAUGGGAAGAGUCAUAUUUGUUUACUUUGUAUUUUGUUUUUGUUUAUAUUAAUGAUUGAAUUUUCCUUUUCAUU